UGUUCUACCUCUUAACACUGUCAACAUGCAAGAUACUCGUACCUUUACCUACACCUAGCGAAUUGGUAAGCUACGUCUAGUACAUUCAGGUGCUAGAUAUUUCCAAACCAGCAAACGUUAACCUCCAGUAUCCGUAACUAUAUAAAUGGCGUGAAGCCUAAUUAUCUUCGCGCAGUGCAAAUGCAUUUUCCGUUAGCGAUGGUCUAUUUUUUUUGUUCGCUCGCCUUGGUUGUUUGUUAGUUUUUCGUAUCACGUAUUUUUCAUUACACACUUAUCUUACUCGUAUUAGCCAUCUUCUGGAGUUUUUCUUUUUUAUUUUGUCGCGUGUGGUGUGAAUCAAUUAGUUGGGUUAGUCGUUAUUAUACUCGUAAUAUGCCAAAUAUUCGACUACGAUGAUGACGAUGUGUUACGGCGCCAUUACCAUCUUUGUGUUCAUUUCAACAACGACGAUAAGCGUGUACGCUAAAAUCGAACAACCUCAACAGAAUGUCGUUCAAUCGUUACAACAACCGCAGCAACCGCAUAUCAAUGCCCUGGCCACUGAUAAUACAGCUGAACCAGACGAGCAUCACAGAAUAGUAAUCCUAGUACCGCAAUUCGUACCUCCGAAUCCGUACUCCGAGCAGGCUAAAAAACCCAGAAAGAAGAAACCCAAACCUCAGCCACCUAAGAAAAAGCCCAAAGUUCACCACCAUCAUCCUCAUCAUGUAGUACCUGUGGUACAUUCUGGCAAGGUCAUUCACGCCCAUCACCAUCACGGCACCGUAGAUCACGGCCACAAACACAAUGCCAAAGCCAAGCAUACUCACAAGCAUUACGGAAACGCUCACCACAAACACGGGCACUACGGCGUUGGCAGAAUCACCCAUAAGCACAUAGGUCCCAUCAAACCACCACCUCCGCCACCUCCACACCAUCCCCAUAAACCCAAACACCUCACAGCCGCUCAACUCUACCACGACAGCUUCGGAGGAGGCGGCGGCGGAUCUAGUUUUGACUCAUUCCGCAAUCCAUAUGCCGGAGCUCCUCAACAAUUCCCCUAUCAGCAGCAGCAACAACAACAACUACAACUACAACAAUACCAACAGCAACAACAACAACGUCUUCAAGCUCCUCAGCAGCCCCUAAGAUAUCAACAACAAGUCCUGCAUCAUCGUGGCUUCGCUCCUGGUCCAGCUCCUGCACCAGCUCAGCAAAGUUUUUUUAACAAUCCAGCCUCCGUCCCUGCCGUAGACCCGUUCUCAUUCCCUAACGGGGUACCAGGUGGCGGUGGGGGCAGUAAUCGUUAUCGAACGGCCAACGACAGACGUGAUUCGUUAAUUCCUGCUUUCCCAGCAUCUCCACCUGGCUCAAACGUGGCUCAAUUGAUACAAAUCAGACGUAUUCCAUCAUCUUCGAAAGAGGUAUUCGAUUCGUUCAUCGAUAAGAAAACUCGAUCCAGUUUGGCUGCGGCUGCCUUAGCUUUUGGAAACGUCAACGCCAAUGCUGACGAUAACGAAAAUGAAAACGAAAACGAGAAUGAGGCCGAUGGUGAAGCGGAAAACGAGAAUGAAAAUGAGAAUGAAAACGAAAACGAAGGUGAUGCCGAAAACGAGGUAGAUGGUGGUGUUGGUGGUCUGGAAAGAGCCAUCGAAGAAGUAGCUUUCACUGCCAUUCCUCGCCGGAAAAGUGACAAUUUCGGUGCUCGAGCAGCAGCCUCGAAUGCUGCAGUAGCUGCAGCUUCCGAAGAAAAUUUCGAAACGGUGCAAUUUGACGGUAUCGCAGAUGAUGAAUUUGACGGAGCGGGUGUCAAUGGGGAUCAAAAUGAAGCUAGCUUGCAAUAUUCGACAUUCGCUAAUCCGUCGCCUUCUAAUAAAGUUGUAGCUUUUAGCGACGCUUAUCAUUAUCAAUACUGAAAUUUGAAACAGAAUGAUGAAGAUGACAGCAAAAAUGCACAGAUGCACUUCUUGUGAAUGCAUUUCUGGUGCAUUUUUUUUAUCAAACCAUCAAGCGAAGUGAUAAAGCUGCUGGUGAGCGCCAUAUUUUUGGUUUGAGCUGCACAAUGCAACGUCAGCGACCUUAGUAAAUAGGUAGGCAAUAUUUGAUGGGUACCUGGUGGGACUUGAUGCAUUAUAGUAUGUAUUUUUCUACGAUGGCUUUUGUAUAAAUCUAUUCUGGUCCAUCACCGGUGUCCACUGUCCAGUAGUUUACUGACGAUCAUUACCCACUGCCUGUAGUUCCUACGAGUCGGAUUUUUUUCAAUAUACACUUCGACGAAGACGACGACGACGUUGGCUGAAGUUCGAAUUACCUACGCAUAAAAUAUGUAAAUAGUUAUAGUCAUCGAAUUUCUGCCAACGAGCCCAUAGGUAGGUAAAACCUAUGCAUGUAUAAGAUGUACACAUCGACUACAUAGUUCAUACUAGUACAUAUUGUAAAGAUUAGCUGUACGUAUGUAGGUAUUAUUGUAGGCAUUUAGAUAACUAUAUUAUGACGUAUUGUACUCGUACAUAAUCAUGUAUUAUAGGCUGUGUGAAUAUAAUGUACCAUCUUAGUA